AUGGCGCCCUCUGUACUCGCCGCCGGCUCCAACGCACACGGUCAACUCGGCUCAGGCGAUCGCGAAGAUGCGCAUCACUUUCACUCCUGCCUAUUCUACUGGGACGGAGAAAGUCGAGCUCGACUACCGCAUUAUACAACCCGCGUAGCACGCAUCGUGGGUGGCGCGAACCAUACGCUGCUCCUCACUUCGACAUCCGACGGCAUCCGUGAGCUGUGGGGAAGUGGAGAUAAUACAAGGGGUCAGCUAUGGGCCCCGGGGUCUCAGGAGGACACAACUACCUUUCGACUUCUACGUGUCGAACACUUGGCCUUGCCGGGUUGGCGGAUCAAGAACGUCGCGGCAGCUUGGGAGUCAAGCUACUUCGUGCUGUCAGAUGGGAGGAGGGACGCGAUACUUGCUACGGGAAGCAACGAGCGGUGCCUGCUGGGCCACGAUGGACCUGACGGUGCUCAUUUGGUCGACCUAUCGGGUCUGUUGGAUGGUGUAGAGUUCGUUGUUCAGGAUAUUGUUGCCGGUCCAAUGCAUGUCGUUGCACUUCUCCAUCUACCGUCCGAAUCUCGAACACUUGCCAUUGGAUGGGGCACUGCAAGACACGGGCAGCUCGGUCAACCUAUCCAAAAGUGGUGGACUCAUCCACGCAUACUCUCUGCUUUACCUGAGAACGCCUCCCUCGCAUCCGUCGCUCUCGGAAAUCAGCAUACCAUCCUCAGGCACACAGACGGAAGAGUGACGGCUUUGGGAUCCUCCAGAGUUGGACAGCUCGACGGUGUCGCAGAUCUACUUGAUGUCGGCUCUGUACACUGCACCUGGAGCGGGACGUACAUCAGGACCAUCGGCGACUCGUCGCCGGCCCUGUCUACCGGGAAGAACGACAAGGGCCAGCUCGGUCGCCCAACUCAUGAUUCAUCGUCCCCGUCGUUGAGUCCCGUCAUCCUUCCCGCCACCAUCGGCAACAACGCUAUCAAGGACAUGGCUUGUGGAAGCGAGCACGUCGUCGUGCUCACUCGUGACGGCAAGGUGUAUGGGUGGGGAUGGAAUGAACACGGCAAUCUCGGGACGGGUGGGGUUGAGGACGUUCCUUUGCCUACCCUCCUAUGGGCACCGGAGGAAGGUGCGAGUGCGCGGAGCGUAUGGGCGGGCUGCGGCACAACGUUCAUAGUCAUCGGUUGA